AUGCAGGACGUGGAGGAGCACGCGCCCCCGCAGGACCCUGGCGAUGCAGAGCGCGGCGCCUGUAGGCCCGAAACACCAGGACCGACCCAGGAGGACAAGAGCAGCCCCGAGGACCCACCUCCUCUUCUUUCUGUCACAGGUCUGAUAGAUACAGGUAACGAUGUUUCCAAGCCGAGCAACGAGAUUGGGAUGAAUCAUGAUUUCCACAGGGGAGAGAAGGUUUUACCUCCAAGCAGUCUGGAAGGCAAGGCCAAGGAGACAAUGCACAAUGCUUUUUGGGAUCACCUUAAAGAGCAGCUAUCAGCAACUCCCCCAGACUUCAGUUGUGCUCUUGAACUUCUGAAAGAAAUUAAAGAGAUCUUGCUGUCGUUGCUGUUGCCGCGCCAGAACCGCCUAAGAAGUGAGAUCGAAGAAGCUCUGGACUCGGGCUUCCUCAAGCAGGAAGCGGAACGUGGGGCCCUGAAUGUCCUUCGUCUCUCUAAGUACAUCACCAGCAUGAUGACUUUGCUGUGUGCACCAGUUCGGGACGAGGCCGUGCAGAACCUAGACAGCAUCACAGACUCUGCUCGGCUGCUGAGAGGGAUCUUCCAGGUCCUGGGCCUGAUGAGGAGGGACAUGAUGACCUACACGAUCCAGAGCCGCCAGCCCCACCCGCAGGAGCACUCCAUCCAGCACGAGCGGGCCCGGUUCCAGGAGCGCCUCAGCAAGCAGCCGGGUCUCCUUGACCACACCACCAAGUGGCUCAGCCGCGCGGCAGCAGACCUCAGCACGCGGCCUCCAGCUUGCCCCGAUGCCCCCGACCCCUCCGGCGUGGCCUGCCCCUCUCCAAACGAGGCAGCCAGCAGCCCAGAGCCCCUCAGCCCCACAAUGGUGUUGUCCCAGGCUUUCUUGAACCUUCUGCUCUGGGACCCUGACAACAGAGAGUUCCCUGAGACGCUGCUGAGGGACAGAGCCCGGCUGCAGGAGCUGGAGGCCCAGCUGCGCCGCUCCACUGUCCUGGCCUCAGUCCUGCUGGUGGCCAGCAGCUUCUCUGGCAGUGUCCUGUUUGGCUCGCCUCGGUUUGUGGAUAGGCUGAAACGCAGAACCAAAGCCCUCCUGGAAGAGUUUGAUUCCAGGCCUGAGGAGGCCAUGCUGACUGUGAGUGAGCAGGUGUCUCAGGAAAUCCACCAAAGCCUCAGGAACAUGGGCCUUGCUGCUCUGAGCAGCGACAGCACAGCAUCUUUGAUGGGACAGCUCCAGGACAUCGCCCUCAAGGAGAGCUGUGUGCGCAGCGUCAUUGAUCAGCGGAUCCAUUUGUUUCUCAGAUGCUGUUUAGUUCUUGGUGUGCAGCGCUCUCUGUUAGACCUCCCCGGAGGCCUCACUCUCAUUGAGGCAGAGCUGGCGGAACUGGGCCAAAAGUUUGUCAACCUAACACACCACAAUCAGCAGGUGUUUGGCCCCUACUACACGGAGAUCCUAAAAACCCUCCUCCCCCCAAGCCAGGCACCGCCAACAGAAGUGGAGUCUCUCUGA